CGCUGCUGUUCAUAACACACUAGACCUGACCAUCAAGAUGGACGUGAAGAUCCUCAGUGUGUUUCUGCUGCGGCUGACUCAAGUUUUCAUUGGCGUAAAUACACAGGGGGAGUUAGAGAUGACAUGGACUUAUGAAGAUGAUGAUGAGGUGAGUGUGAAGCAAGUGGUGGAGAAUCAAACGCCGAUGGGCUGUAACUGUGACUGUCAGGAGCCACGACCCACAGGAACUCCAGCCACCUGGACCUCCAUCAGCACCACGCCAUCCACACACAGCCCCUAUCUGGACUGCAUGCCGGAGUGUCCCUACCACAAACCGCUGGGGUUUGAGUCCGGGUCAGUGAUGGCGGAGCAGCUUACCUGUUCAAACCAGGAUCAGUAUGUGGGCUGGUUCUCUUCAUGGACCCCAAAUAAAGCCAGACUGAACAGUCAAGGGUUUGGCUGUGCUUGGCUAUCCAAGUUCCAGGACACGAAUCAGUGGCUUCAGAUCGACCUCCAGGAGGUGCGGGUGGUCUCGGGUAUCCUAGCUCAGGGCCGCUGUGAUGCUGACGAAUGGACAACGAAAUACAGCCUGCAGUACCGAACCAAAGAAAACCUCAACUGGAUCUAUUACAAAGACCAGACCGGGAAUAACAGGGUGUUUUAUGGAAACACGGACCGAUCCUCCACGGUCCAGAACCUGUUGCGUCCGCCCAUCGUGGCGCGGUAUCUGCGGAUCCUGCCUCUGGGCUGGCACACACGCAUCGCCCUCCGCCUGGAGCUGCUCAUGUGCAUGAACAAAUGCGUCACGGGUUAAGAACCUCUACAGUAAAAUAUACUCAGAUCAGUAGGUAACAGGCAAUUUGGAAUAAUACCAUACAACUGUAGCUUCUGUGUGUACGAAAUAAAACAAAUAACCAUUUUUGGUCUAAAACAA